AUCCGCUGCCUGACUGCUGAUCCACCUUGCUGCUGAUUACUCGUGACUUCGUGUCCUGAUGUUCCUCUGAAAUGAGCGAGUGGAGGACAACGGAGACAUCUAUGGAAAACGAUGAGAUCUCAAGGAUAUCACAUGUGACGAUGUCCCCUUCGAAGCAGAGCAACCUCACGUCGGUGUACUCCUUCCCCUUAACUAAAAACUCCUACAGCAUAAUGAAUGCGUUUUGCACUGAGGAAAAUGUUCCUCAGUGCAUUUUCUACAUCAAUCAGGAGCUCGACUCGUUGGGGCUAUCCACGUGCAUUGAGGCCAGCUCACCAGGGGAAGCCAGCAUGAACGCAGUUCCAGCUUUGAACACCACGUACGAACUGCUUCAAAUUCACAGACGAACUAUGUGCACUUUAGAGGAGCUGGAGAAAGAGCAUCUGAAGAAUUUAAGCACCUUGAAACACAUGCAGAUGACUAAUUCCAGACUCAAGGACCAGUUGGAACUUUCCAUAAGGGAGAAAUCAGGUCUGCAUGAGACGGAGAGACAGCUGCAGCUCAAAAUCAAGACUCUGCAAAGUUGCUUAAAAGCUGAAAAAGACGAGGUUCAGAAGCUCCAAAAUAUCAUCGCAAGUCGUGCCUCGCAAUACAGCCAUGACGCCAAGAGGAAAGAGAGAGAAGCUGCCAAGCUGAAGGAACGCCUCAGUCAGCUGCUGGUUGACAGAAAGGAUAAGAAACUUUCUAUCGACAUGCUGAACUGCCUGAGCCGAUCAGACGGAAGACGAAGCCUCUGGAGAAACGUAAAAGCGACAGCCAGCCAUGAAAGUGAGAUGCACAAAUCUUUACUCUGCGCCUAUGAGGUGAGGCAGAAGGCCCUGGUUCUGGAGAAUGCCGAGCUUAAAAAAGUCCUCCAGCAGAUGAAGAAGGAGAUGAUACACAUCCUGAGUCCACGCCAGCCCUCUGCUAAAGGAGCAACAGCUGACGAGGAGCAGGUGGAGUCAGAUGGAGAUGAGAAGAUGGGGGACUCUAGCAGGGAAACUCUGGACCAGUCUUCUUGUGAGCAUGCAAGGGAGCAGCUCAUCAACAGCAUCCGUCAGGAGUGGAGGAAACUGAAGAACCAUGUGGAGAAAUUGGAUAACCAAGCCUCUCAAGCUCAGAAUCAGAUGGAGUGCAGCAAAGGGAUGGUACCUUUAGAAACUCAUGAAGAUGAGAUGGAGAGGAUGAGGAGUGAAGUCCAACAGUGCAAAGACUUCAUUCAUGCACAGCAGCAACUCCUCCAGCAACAAUUCAACACAUCAUUUGAUGAAGAGACGGCAGCUUUUCUUUAUGACUGCUACACACUAGAAGAGAAGGAGCGUCUCAAAGAGGAGUGGAGGCUCUUUGAGGAGCAGAAGAGAAACUUUGAGAAGGAAAGGAAGAACUUCACAGAAGCUGCUAUUCGUCUGGGCCGAGAGAAAAGGGCGUUUGAGGAAGAUCGUGCCGCUUGGCUCAAGAAUCAUUUUUUAAACAUGACUCCCUUCGCAGAUCGCAGGAGGUGGUCCUCGUCAGAUGGUCAAAGUGCCUUAUCAAUGCAAAGUGAACCAGAGAUCAGGAUGUCUUCACUGAAAGCUCAGAAAGCGAAAUCGUCAACCUACGCUACAUUUUCUACUCCUAAAACUUCACGAAGCACUGCUGUGCCGUCCACUACUGAACUUUACCGGACGCUCCGCCUCAUACCAGAAAGCAGACACUCAAGUCGAGGAAGCUGGCCCGAGUCCAGUCCGACUGAAGAUGGAGAAACUCAAGUGAAGUCUAAAAGAGUUCUCUGUGAUGACUCGAAUAUUUUCACAUUUGAAGACGACAGCCUCUCUUAAUGGAGCAGCAGUGCCUGAUUUUGCUGGAUUUUUAAGUCUUUUUUUUUUUUGUAGUGGAUUUUAGUAUAGAUCCAUGAUUUAUCAACAACAACGAACCUUUUUUUUCCUCCCGCAGAUGCACAAAUCUUUCUCUGAAGUUAUUCCAACAAGAAAGCACUUUAUAGUCUGUUCAUCUCUUCCUCUCAUUGAUCAACACUGACAGAUUAGAUUGU